GGGCCGCUGAUUGGCCGGCGAUGAGCGAGGAUUCCGAUUCAAACGCGGGCGGGAGGGCCCGCAGCUCCGCAGUUCAGCGCUGUGCGUCUCCGCUCUGCCUUCCCCCGCCGCCAGCCCCAUGGCCUCCCAGAACCGCGACCCAGCCGCAGCCAGCGUCGCCGCCGUGCGCAAAGGAGCCGAGCCCAGCGGGGGCGCCGCUCGGGGCCCUGUGGGCAAGAGGCUACAACAGGAACUGAUGACCCUCAUGAUGUCUGGUGAUAAAGGAAUUUCUGCUUUCCCUGAAUCAGACAACCUUUUCAAAUGGGUAGGGACCAUCCAUGGAGCAGCUGGCACAGUUUAUGAAGAUCUGAGGUAUAAACUCUCCCUAGAGUUCCCCAGUGGCUACCCUUACAACGCACCCACAGUGAAGUUUCUCACACCCUGCUAUCAUCCCAACGUGGACACACAGGGCAACAUCUGCCUGGACAUCCUCAAGGAUAAAUGGUCUGCCUUGUAUGACGUCAGGACCAUCUUGCUCUCUAUCCAGAGCCUGUUAGGAGAACCCAACAUUGAUAGCCCUUUGAACACACAUGCGGCUGAGCUCUGGAAAAACCCCACAGCUUUUAAGAAGCACCUUCAGGAAACCUACUCAAAGCAGGUCUCCAGUCAGGACCCCUGACCGAAGCUGUGCAGCCUCUUCUGUGAUGUCUUUCAUUUUUGUCCUUAAUGGUCUGUCCUUUCCUUGAUCCGUACCUUGAACUGUGGUGUUAUUUUUGUUUUAUUUCUGUUUUUUAAAUUAAGUCUGUUUGAGCCCUUACAAUGUAUAUUAAAUAAAUACAUGUUGAUUGUUUUUGUA